GAUUCCCCAAAGUGAGACGAAUAACGUUAGAGCUUUUAUUUGAGUGCAGAAGCAGCUAACUUCUGGUCUCAUCCUGGCUAACUUUGAGUAACUUGAUGCAGCUAAGCCUGUUCACUUCUGGCUUCGUGGCUCAUUGAAUUCGUUAGCUAACGUUUAUUUGUCGAUAACGUUGAACUGCAUAAGGGAAAAUGUCGUAUUUAUUAGCCACGUUUGUGUCUAUAGUGCUGCUAAGUUCAGAGGCCUCUGGGAAAAGCGUGACGGGACUUUUUAACAGCGAAGCAGCGAGACAGCAGAAUGGCCAGUUCAUCACUAAAUUUAUGUACCAAGGUGAUAAUGGUAUGUUGGUGAUCAGGCUGGACAAUUCUGCUCUGGCUACAGAGAAGGAGUCCAGAUUGCUGCUGUAUAAGGAUAUGGACUCAAGCCUUGACAACCUAAACUGCUCUGAGAGGCUCGCUAAAGCUCACAUCCCCGUUUCUCUCAGUGACCAAGAACAUAACCAGACGAUCCCUCGUCAGUCCUCUCCUACAACCUGGCAGGCCCUAUAUGCUGACAGAUACACAUGUCAGGAAAAUGCAGUGAUUCCUUCCCACGCUGAUCUCAGUUUUACCAUCUUGUUGUUUAACGCCGACUCGGCUGGAAAUCCUCUGGAGCACUUCAGCGCAGAGGAGGCAGGUCUCCAUAGUUUUUACUUCCUCCUCCUGCUGGCCUACUUCAUAGCCUGCUGUAUCUACAUCCAGCCUCUGCACCAGGCUCUGAGGAAAGGAGGUCCCAUGCACACUGUCCUCAAAGUGCUGACCACCGUGCUGGCAUUACAGGGCUUCUCCGCUCUCUGCAACUACAUCCACUUCGCCAGGUAUUCCAGAGAUGGUACUGGUAUUCCUCUGAUGGGCAACCUGGCAGAGUUCUGGGAUAUGGUGUCCCAGGUGUCCAUGCUGUACAUGUUACUGAGUCUGUGUGCGGGCUGGACUCUGAGCCGAGGCAGGAAGCCUCAGUCCAGACCUCUGCAGUGGGAACAGUCUCCGGCGUCCACGGCUGUUGCUGUUGGCGGAGUCGUUAUACAGGGGGCGUUGCUGCUGUGGGAGCAGUACUCAGAAUCCGAGAGUCAACAUCACAGCUACCACACCCCGCUGAGUCUGGCAGGUCUCCUCCUCAUGGCUCUGAGAGUGUGCCUGGCCCUCCUGCUGGCCUCUGUCCUCUACCAGAUCAUCUCCACCGAGCGGAGCACCCUGAAGAGGGACUUCUACCUCUGCUUCUCCAAGGGAUGCUUCCUGUGGUUCCUCUGUCAUCCCGUCCUCUUCGUCACGUCGGCUGUCUUCAACAAGCACCAGAGGGAGAAGGUAGUGACUAUCGGUGUUAUCCUCUGCCAGGCCAUCGCCAUGGUGAUCCUCUACCAGCUCUUCCUGUCUCGUUCUCUCUACUGGGAGGUCUCCUCUCUCUCCUCUGUGUCUCUGCCACUCACCAUGUCCAGAACGAACCACAGGGGGCGCUACUGAGCACAUCCACUCUCGCGCUUUAUUAGCGAGGGGAGAAACCUGCUACAACACAGAGGCUUCCCACCUCCUUUAACGUCCCAGGGUGUCAGAGGAGGGACACAGAGAGCGGUGUAACACUGCAGGGACCGCUCUCCUUCACUGUUAACUGUUUCCUGGGAGAAUACCUAUUGGUUACUGGUAAGCUAUUGGUUACUGGUAAGCAAGUUAGCAGGGAACUGUAGCACGGGGUCACAAAAUGACCAGAGGAAGAUAUUUACAGCAACACCCUACCUCUAGUUACUGGAGCCAACAUCUACAUUACUGAGCACGAGGAAAGCUGUUUAAUGCAAGAAGACCUAGAGAAGGGAUGCGCUGGAUGUCAUAAUAACUAACAGCCAAAAGUACAGUUUGAAAACAGACUCACGCGAGCAUGUUAAAGAUGGACCGCCAAGAUUCAAGAUUUUAGGAUGCGUCUGCAAAUGAAAAAAAAAAAAAAGAUUGGCUCGUGAUGGAACAAAUGCAAUCUUUGUGCUCUUUGCUUUGAUAAUCCCACUUUUAUGUCUUAAAGGAUAAGGCUGGUAUAGUUUUCUUAUUGUCAACAAAUCCCAUGAAAACCAGAACCAACAAUUAGUAUGUCUGUUUUUUUUGUAUUACUUUUCAGCCCAGUCUGUGGCCAUUGGUUCCUAUGAAGAUGUUCAUUUUUCAAAACUUGUCAAAAAUAUAUUGUUUAAUUUUCAAAAACGGCUCAGUGAUUUCCUAAAACAGCUGGGCGCCACAGUUGUGAAGCAGAUGCUACUCAAACAGGAAGAGAUUGUGCAUUUCUGGGUACUAUUUUUUUCACCUGCGGAUGAAUCCACAUUUGGUGCUCUUGUGAGUAUUUCUGGCAGCAGGUCCAUGAACGUUGGAUUAAGUCAAAACAAACUACGGUGUGUGUGUGUGUGUGUGUGUGUGUGUUCAUGGUAAUGAAGGAACAUGUCACCCAUGCAACAAUGUGGCUAGUUAAUGUGUUUUUAAUAGUUGUUGGACAACAAUGGAGUUCUAUGGGAAAGAGAAAUGCAAUAUAUCAGGCUUUGGCUCCACAGACAAUACAUUGUAGGUCUUUUCAUGGGUUUUAUUUACAAUAAGAGACUACUGUAGAUUAGUAUGUGUAUAUUAAUGAAUCAGUAUGUGGUAAGAUUGAUAUGUGACUCUGGAUAAACAGAUUGAGGUGGAGAGACAGUUGGGCGGACUCCAAGAUGGAUAUACUGAAGAACAGACAGGUGGAAGGAUGAAUCAAGUUUGGAAAGAUGGUUACAGUAUGUGGACUGGUAAAGAAAUAGAUUUUCAGUUACCUAUAUUAAAAGGAUUAGUGAGCCAACAGAUCAGUGUGUGCUCCCUGUACAUGACGGAUCAAGCUGUACUUUAAGUUAUUUCUUUACUCUCAAAGUGAAUUUUUGAACUGACAGCAUGUGAGCCUUUGGAAUUGUAUAAACUGUAUGUAGCUGGAGACACACUGCAUGAUCUUUUAUUUUUCAUUCACUGAACCUUGAGCUGGAGCACACUACCUGGGCCAGUGAUUUCCCCAAUUCCAAACUAACACUUACCUUUUCUGCCACAAAUUAUUAAACCCUGGUCUAAGCCCACUACGACUCCAUGUGAGUGAGGCUCAUUAAAGCAUUAGCGUCGCAUGAAAGCCCAAUGGGAACAGACCUGCUGUUUAAUUUUGGACAUGACACAUUUCAUAUUGUGAAAAAUGAAAUUCCACUUAAUGUAGUGACGGCUGACAUUGAGCGUUGACAUAUUUAUUCAUUGUGUAUUUAUUUUUGUAAGUCAAUAUUUGGAACGUGAAUGUUAUCUGGGCAGUAUGUUGUGCGUACACUGUGUGUGGGUGGAAGAGAAUACAUCUUCUAUGCAUUUCAUUUUGUCCCACGGGCCACAAUGACAAUCUUACUUUUAUUAGAAAACGACAAAAUAUAAGGCCUCUGUUUUUAAUGUGUGUACUAAAGUUUUACACCUCAAAUUGUUAGAUAUGGUUAAAAUUUAAUUUAAUUUAAAAACAGAAAAACAAGUGUUCAGUUAUUCCCUUUUUUUGCAUUAUGCAUUCUCCAGUUUCCAUUUAUUACGUGUAUUUAUUUUCCGAUACAACCCAAACUGUGGAAAUAUGGGAUCUGUGGUCAUUACAACUGUAAUAAAGUAACUAAUAAAAUACA